CCCUCCUCCUUCGGAGUCGCUUAGCACAAACAAUUCUGCUGGUAACAGGAACAAAGAACCAAAGAUACUACUUGUUUUUUUGAAGUGCUGUUAAUUUCCUGGGUCCACACUGUUUUCCGGCAUUCUCGAUCGGCACGUAGGUGGGAAUACAAUGACCAGGAUUGUGGUGGUUUUCGACUUCGACAAGACGAUCAUCGACUGCGACAGCGACAACUGGGUGAUCGACGAUCUGGGCGCCACAGACAUGUUCAAUGAGCUCCUCCCUACCAUGCCUUGGAACUCUCUCAUGGAUAGGAUGAUGAAGGAGCUCCAUGAUCAAGGAAAAACCAUCGAGGACGUUGAAGGAGUUCUCAAACGGACACCGAUACAUCCAAGAGUCGUCCCUGCCAUCAAAGCAGCCCACGCUUUAGGGUGUGAUUUGAGGAUUGUAAGCGAUGCAAACCUGUUUUUUAUCGAGACCAUUCUGAAGCAUCUCGGGUUAAGGGAUUAUUUUUCGGAGAUCAAUACGAACCCAAGCUUUGUGGAUGAAGAAGGAAGGCUAAGGAUCUUCCCCUACCAUGAUUUCCACAAAUCCUCCCAUGGCUGCAGUCUCUGCCCACCCAACAUGUGCAAGGGUUUGAUCAUAAAAAGAAUACAAGCCUCAGUAUCAGAGGAGGAAGAGGAGAAGAAGUUCAUCUAUCUUGGGGAUGGAAGUGGAGACUAUUGCCCAAGCUUAAAGCUCAGAGAUGGAGACUAUGUGAUGCCAAGGAAGAAUUUUCCCUUGUGGGAUCUAAUUUGCAAGAAUCCUUCGCUUAUUAAGGCAGAAAUCCAUGAGUGGAUCGAUGGAGAAGACCUUGAGCGCAUUCUGCUAAGCCUUAUCAGCAAGAUCUCCCUUGAAGAAAAUUCCCAUUUCUUCUCUGCUGACUGCAAAUUGCAAACUAUCUCUGUUUCUGCUCAAGCCCUUCCUAAAGCUCUCCCUGUCCAGCAAUAAUAGCUUCGAGUUUGAACUUUGAAUGUUGGCAAGAUGCCAAAUCUAACAAGUUAAAGACUUUUUUUUUUUGGGUUUAUGUCUUGCUUUAGAAAGAUGCUUGUAAGUUUGUGGUUUUCCGAAUUGAUCAAGAAUGGAUCAAUAUGAACUAUUUAUAAA